GAAGGUCUGUCGUUAGAAAAACUAUUAGUUAUAAAGGAGACGAUCUGGUGAAGACAAAUGAUAUCUUCCCAUAUUUAACACUAUUGGAGAAAAUACCAUUUAGAAAAUGAUAGAUGCUACAUAAGAGUAAGGAAAUCCUUUGCUAGAAUAUGUGAUUUGAAACUUUUGAUCACAUUUAUAAAAUUGGUAAAGUUUUCAUAAAAUUACUUUUUGUAAAAAGAAGAGCAAGAGCAGAAGCCAAAGUUGAUAACAAGAUAUUGAGAUGAAGAUCAGUAAGCAACUAGAGAGAGAGAGAGAUAGAGGGGAAGAGGAGAGUUUCUUAUUUUUUAUGGUUCUCAACUGAUCCAUAAUCACGGCUUACACAAAAUUCUUCAACUAUGAAAAGAAGUUGAACAGAAACUAUUCAGUCAGACAUGCACUGAUACAUUUUUUCAUCACCUCUAAAAAAAACCAUUUUUGGCAGCUUUCCAUAUCUAGUAUAACAAUACAAUACAAACUAUGAACAAGAUAAGUAGAGAAGAAUGUAUAAAUCCAGAUAUUCAUCGUGUUAACUUUAUCGUGUCUUUUUUUCAAGUUUUUUAAAUGUUUUUUCUAGAAAAUAGGAGUAGUUAAUGCGUUAAAUUUAACGUUUGGUCUGUAAGGGAAUAUUAAAAGAUAUUUACGAAAUAUACUUUAAGAAAUGGAUGCAUCAGAUCUUAAAUUGUUCCAAACUCACCCUUAUCAUGUAAAUAACCUAACAGAACCUAUCAUGUUUGGUCCUCCGAAGGAUAAAGGAACUUUAGAAGGUAAUAGUCCCAAUCAAGUAAUACAGCAAACCGAAGCGACAGGCCUUCUUGUCAUUUUUGCAGCUAGCAUAGUAAGCAAUGGAUUAAUUUUUGCAUUAUUCUAUCGUAAAGCAACAUUUCGGACAUUUUCGAACUGGUUCGUGUUUAAUUUGUCAUUAGCCCAUCUACUACAGUCUACCCUACUUUUACCAUUUACCUUUGCAUCUAUCGUAACACGUAAGUGGAUAUUUGGUGAGAUCUGGUGCCAAAUGACAGGUACGGCUUUCAUAUGUUUAAAUGUGGCAUCAACGUUAUCAUUAUUAUUAAUUGCCGCUGAUAGAAAUUGCGCUGUUAAUAGCCCUCUUCAUUAUUCCAUGGCUAUAACUAAGAAAAAAACGGGCAUACUCAUAGCUGGAACUUGGGUUUUUGCCAUUCUUGUUGCUAUUCCACCCCUAUGUGGAAUAUCCAGUUUCAAAUAUAGAGAAUUAUGGCAUACGUGCACCGUCACAUGGUAUUCUAAAGAUCCUUACACAAUUGCUUAUGAUUGUUUUCUUACAACCAUCGGUUUCUUGUUUCCAUUAGUAAAAAUGAGUUGGAUGUAUUGUUCUAUGUUUCGUGCAGCACGCACUAAUAGUGCUAGAGCACGCAAACAUAGUUUAAGCGCCAGUCUGACUGAAGAGCAAGUUCAGGAAGUAAAACAAAAAGUAAGUUCUAAUUACACUUAUAGAAGAAAACCAUAUAGAAGAAGAAGCUCUUCAACUAGUCAAUCAUCCAUCUUUGGUGAUGAAUGGAAGGCUGUGAGAACGGGCGUUUUAGUUGUGCUAUCUUUCACUUUCUGUUGGAUGCCAUAUUAUAUAGUGGUGCUAACUGAGGCAUACUUCAAUUCCAGUCACUGGAUGCCUCAUUACUUUCUAUGUCUAGUGACCCUCUCUUCCUACUGCUCCUGUAUAGUGGAUCCUUAUCUGUACGUUUUCAGAAAUCGCGGCAUCAGAAAGCACGUCUUGAAGCUGUUAACCUGUGGAAGAGGAUAUCCAUCUUUAUACAACCAGAGGAACAGAAAUGAUCCAAAUAUACAUCCAGCUAACAGUUCUUGUGUGUUGCAGUCCAAUAGCGCUACUGAUUUACGUGACGUAAAUUCGGUGCUCUACAAAGAUGGCGAGGAUCAGUGGCAUAUGACUGAUAAUGGAGAUGAUGUAUCAAUACACGGUUCAGACGAGUCUCUACAUAAACCAGAAUACGAUCCAGUGAUGACAUGCCCGAAACAUUCACGAAGAUUGCUUCAAAAUAUUCGAGAACCAGACUAUUAUGGAGUUCAAACACCCGAAAACAGAAGCAAUUGGAAUCAGAGGGAAGUCAUAACAAACCAUCCAGAAUCUAUGCUUAUCAUGAAAUUAGCUACACAGAAUUCGUGCGGGAGUGAUACCACAGAUAACUGUGGCACAUCAUUUGAGAGCAGCGAUGACCCUGCAACAUAUUUAUGCCCAUACGUCCAGCGCAAAGAUUCUAGAAGUAGCAUGACUGCCCUUUUAGUUAACGAUAACGGUAGUUAUGGCAAAAUUAGGCCAUCUUUAAAGCGAGUUUGCUCCUUCACUGCCGAAGAAAACGAGCUCAAUUUUUUACCAGCAGUCAUAUCGAGAUUCGGGGGGAUGAAAAGGACUUCUUUCGCCAUGGCACGCUUUGGUAAUCAAGAAUCUAGCGAAUCUACAUUAACAUCUUCGACAUCUUCAGAUACUCCCGAUUCAAAUACACCUCUAUCUGGUAAACCUGGAAGAAUUAGACCAAAAUUAAUACGUCAACAAUCUGCAUUUGUAUCUCACUUAACCGAACCAAGAACUAGAAGAUAUCCUCAUAUAGAAGAUAUACAUAGACACGCAAACUACACUUUUAAUAGCGAAGAUGCUGUAUUGUACAGAAACGUAAAGUUUCAGAACGAAUAA